GUCUCGUCUCUCUAUCCCUCUCGAAUGGACUCUCUGGUAGCGAGCUACGCUUCGUCGGACGAAGAAGAAGAACUUGAGCCAUCUACACAAUCCCUCACCGUAAAAUCAUCAUCUUCUUCCUCCGUGUUCUCAGCUAUUCCUCAACCUAACCAAUCCAGAUCUUCUAAAGACGAGGCUUUUAAUUCAUCUUCGUCGUCUUUCCUCUCCUCUCUCCCUCCUCCCAAAUCCUCCACCUCUCGCCAACAAAACCCAUCUCCGUCCUUACCUAAACGCGUCGUUCAGAUCAAGCUUCCUGUAAACCCUAGACCGACCAAUCUCGAUGACGAAGACGACGAAGAAGAGGAGAAAGCGAGGAAGAAGCGUAAACAGAUGGAAUCCGCCGCUGCGGCGUCAAACAAUUCGUCAGUGAAAUCCUUCUUAUCCGCCAUGCCUGCUCCAAAGAGCUCUCAAGCACUCGGCGCUCUUCCUUCACUGGGGUCAGGAUCAGGAUCGGGGCGAAGAUCGAUUCUUGAAACAGAGACGCCAAGUACUGAUCAAACGCAGUCGUUUAGUAGCGAGGCGGAACAAGUAGAUGCUGGAUACGAGCAGAACCCUAGUGGAAAUGUGGAUGCUUUUGGUUACGGUGGAUAUGAGCAGAACUCUAGUGGAAGUGGAGAUGUUGUGUCUGCUUAUGAUGGUGGU